CGCCUUGCUGCGCGUUCCUUUCCACCCGCGUGCCCGAGGGUUAGCCUGCGUGUCUACUCUGAAGGAUUCCAUCAAGAGAGAGAAUGCCGUCAAAAAUCAUCUUUGACACCGAAGAUCAAGUUAUGGAGGAGAAUGUGGACACUGUUAUCGAGGCUAAAACCCUUAAGAUCAAGAACAAAGAGGGCAAGAAGUUGAAGAAGAUGCAGUUGGAGGUCCAGGCAGAGCAGGAGGAACCAGACUGUGAACCUCCAGCACCGAAGAAGAAAAAGAAAAAAGACAAGCUGGCAGCGGAACAAGUGAACGACCACACAGAUGAGGCCACAGACUUGAAUGGAAACUGUAAUGGUAUUGAAACACCAAAGAAGAAGAAGACUAAGAAGAACAGUGAGGGAGACACAGAGAUGAAAAAGAAACAAAAGCAAGCAACUAUAGAGGCAGAAACCAAUGGACAUUCCAAGCCAAACACCCCUGUACAGACACCCAGCCAGACACCAGCACAGUCCAGUGAAGAGUCUGCUAGUGACGGCGAGAAAGAAACGGCGGAGACUCCAGAGCAGAAGGAAGGGGCCUUCUCCAACUUCAGGAUCUCUCAGGUCACCAUUGAUAAACUUAAAGCUCGGGGAGUCUCUUACCUGUUUGACAUUCAGGUGAAGUGUUUUGAUCAUGUAUAUGAUGGAGAAGAUGUGAUUGCCCAAGCUCGAACAGGAACAGGGAAGACUUUCUCAUUUGCCAUUCCCUUGGUGGAGAAGCUCCAGGGUUCAUUGGAGCCCGUCGUCAGAGGGAGAGCUCCCAAGGUCCUUGUGUUGACUCCAACCAGAGAGUUGGCAAUCCAGGUUGCUAGGGACUUCAAAGAUGUCUCAAAGAAACUAUCCAUCACCUGUUUCUAUGGAGGCACCUCAUACAACCCACAGCUCGAUGCUAUUCGUAAUGGCAUUGAUAUUUUGGUUGGAACCCCUGGUCGCAUCAAAGACCACACCCAGAACAAUAAACUUGACCUGACCAAAGUCAAACACGUUGUUCUGGAUGAAGUGGACCAAAUGUUGGACAUGGGAUUUGCCGAACAGGUUGAAGAAAUAUUGGCCUUAUCGUACAAGAAAGACGCUGAAACAAAUCCCCAGACCCUGCUGUUCUCAGCCACCUGCCCUCCCUGGGUCUACGAUGUGGGCAGGAAAUACAUGAGACCGGGAUGCAAACACAUCGACCUGAUUGGCAAGAAAACACAGAAAGCUGCAACGACUGUGGAACAUCUGGCCAUAGCCUGCCACUGGUCACAGCGCAUAGCCGUGUUGGGCGACGUGAUCCAGGUUUACAGCGGCAGCCACGGCAGAACCAUUGUGUUCUGUGAGACAAAGAAAGAAGCCAACGAGCUGGCCUUGAAUGCAUCGAUCAAACAGAGUGCACAGUCCCUCCAUGGCGAUAUUCCUCAGAAACAGAGAGAAACAACACUGAAGGGCUUCAGGAACGGGUCUUUUGAGGUUCUGGUUGCCACCAACGUUGCAGCCCGUGGAUUGGACAUUCCUGAAGUGGAUCUCGUCGUCCAGUGCUCUCCACCCAAGGAUGUGGAGUCAUACAUCCAUCGUUCAGGUCGUACAGGUCGAGCUGGCAGGACUGGAGUCUGCAUCUGUUUCUACCAGAGGAAAGAAGAGGAUCAGCUGCGCUAUGUAGAGAACAAAGCGGGUAUCACAUUCAGACGAGUUGGUGUUCCCACGGCCAAUGACAUCAUCAAGUCAUCAAGCAAAGACGCCGUCAAGUUUCUGGACUCUAUUCCCGCCACAGCUAUUGAAUACUUCAGAGCAUCAGCUGAGAAGCUGAUUGCAGAGAGGGGAGCAGUCGACGCAUUAGCUGCAGCGCUGGCACAUAUUUCUGGAGCCACAAGUCUUGAGCAGAGGUCACUGCUGAACUCUGAUGCUGGUUACACGACGAUACAGAUGGUGUGCUCUCAGGAGAUGCAUAACAUGGGCUACGCUUGGAAAACGGUCAAAGAGCAACUUGGUGAAGAGUAUGAUAACCUCAUCCAAAGAAUGACCUUCCUCAAGGGCAAAAUGGGAGUUUGUUUUGAUGUCCCAGCUGACAAAGUCAAAGAGAUUCAGGAGAACUGGACAGAUGGCCGCCGCUGGGAACUGACUGUGGCCACAGAACUCCCCGAGCUGGAGGAGAAGCAGUUCAACAACCGCGGUGACAGAGGCUUCGGCGGCGGUGACCGAUCAGGAGGGUUCAGAGGCGGAAGGGGGCGUAGUUUUGGUGGGAGCGGUGGCCGCAGCAACGGGUUCCGGAGUGGCGGGGGGCGUGGUGGCGGCGGUGGCCGUGGCGGUGGUGGCCGCGGCUAUGGCAACAGAGGAGGACAAAAACGAAGCUUCAGCCAAGCUUUUGAUUACUGAAGCAUCAACCUGUGGACUGAUAAGACUGUGUCACCCUUGUGGGGAUGACAGCUGUUUUUAUUGGCUGACAGUGAUGAGGCGUUAUAUGUAACUGGUGGAAAUCUCUAUGAUCGCACAGGAAAUAUUCAUAGGUUCAAUGCAUAUGACACGAUGUUUCAAAUAUCUUAUCUGAGUUUGGUUUAUUUCUAAGAUCUGAAUUUCCAUGGUCUAUAUAUAAACACAGUACCGCUGGAAGCCAUUUUGUAAUGCCUGAUGUGUUUCUUUGAUGCAACACGUUAGAUAAAACUCAUGAAAUUUACAGAGAAUUCAAUAUUUUUGGCUAAUCCACCUAUAGAUGAAAUCUGGUGGUAUAUGAAAGUUUGAACAUGUUAUUCAUUGAGUUUUAGACAAAGUGUUGCAUCGUUUUUUAUCAUGGGUGUUUGGGGAACAGUGGCAGCAAUCGCACUUAAUCUAAGGCGCACCAUCAUGAUUUAAGGCCGACAACAAUGGAUAACUGAGUGUGUAGCAUUUACUUUAUUGCAGAUGCUGUGGGAGACACUGUCUUCACAGACAACAGUGAUCAAAGAGGUUUUAACCUCCGUGCAGCCUCACCCUCAGCUGAAACCUCUCCCCAAAUUAUUGGAUGAUUGCUUUGCAAUUGCCUCUAUUUAAUAUCUGUGUCUUACCACUUUCAUUCAUUUGAAUGAAAUUACUUCUUCAUUAAAAGGUCAACUCCGA